UUGGGUUCCAAAACUGUUGGCUGCUUAGUCUGUCCUGCCAGGUGGAAGAGCAGUGUUGGUGCCGGCUUUUGGAGUCCAUAAGAUGUCUAAGGGGCUACCAGACAUGAUUAUGCUAAAGGAUAGCUCCCAAUAUUGGAAUCUAUGCUGCCAUUGCUGUUCCUUUAGAAACUUUUGAUUUCACAGCUUAAAUGGAAAUACUGUAUAAAGUCCUUGUGGCUUUGUUUAAGCUUGUCAAUUCUUCAGAUAUCUGGUCAGAUAAGGAUUGCAGAAGAGGGAUCUCUGGAGACAACACAAAGUAUGGACGAUGACCCUUUACUUGAUGCUCCACUCCUCCCACCUCAUUCACUGCAUUCCAGGUUGCAUCCGAGGUUCUACAGCAUACCUACAGUCUGCAUGGCCAAUAUUCUGCUGCUCAUACAUGUGACUUUUGUGAUUCUGGCUAUUUUGGCAGGGGUGUUCUGUGUUCCUGAUAAUGAUGAUAUAUGUUUUGAAAAAUACACUUAUCCAUUUAAAGUGCAAACGGCAAUACUCAUUGCCAAGGUAGCUCUCUGGAUCUUGCAUGUUUGCUUUGAACGGUGUAUUCAGUACCACCACAGGAAGGUCAGAAGCAAAGGUUACCUCCUAAUCUACCGAACCACACGACAUCUUAAAAGACUUCCUCUACUAAUUCAUUCUACAGGUAAUGCAGCUUUGCUGCUGAUCGUGGCAGUACAGUAUACCUUCCCUGGUCAUGCUAAACUGUAUCUUUGCUGCAUCUUUGGAAUCUUGAGCAUGGAAUUAAUGUGUUCAUUGAUAUGCUUGGUUGUCUAUUCAGUGAAAGUAAGUAACUUUAAUCGGGCAAAAUCAAGACCUGAUAUAAUAGAAGAAGAGAAGAUGUAUUCCUAUCCUAGUCACAUUACCUCAGAAGUUGGAUUCAGGGAAAUCUCCAGUUUGGAAGAAAUUGUUGAAAAACAAGGAGAUGUAAUUGAAUACCUUCAACGGCACAAUGCCCUGCUCAGCAAGAGACUCUUGGCACUAACAGCCCAACAGGACAGAGGCUAGUGAUGGCCAGAACAAGGUGGCUGAACAGUGUAAAAUGCAGGACCAAGUUACAUACUGAAUCCUUCUCUGAAAGCAGCAACUGCAUCAUACCCAGACUGAACUUCAGGCCUCCAAUCCAGAUUCUUAACAUCUGCCGGCCCACUUCUGGUUUGGUGCUAGAGCUUUUUCAGACACUUGUUUUAUCUUAAAAUGUCAGAUGUACAAAAACCUGACAACCAGGGAAAACUAUUCUUCUGCUUUUUGAAACCCUCUGUUGGUGUGUUCUGCCCUUCUCCAAUUGAAAGUGAUGCCACUUGCCAAAGAUCUUUGUGGUAGUUUGGCAUUCAGGCCUUCUCAAAACCAAAAUGGAAUAUAGAGUGAUCAUCUCUACUUCUGGAGAUCAGAAUAUUAUUCAUCUGUGCAUUUUUGUAGUACUUGGUAGGGUUGUCAUAUGCAUUUUUAAGAACUGAUUUUUUUUUAUUGCAGCCUAGAUAACUGAAGCUACCAUGACAAUGUCAAGGCCCAAUAUUCCAAGAAUAUUGAUACCAUUGAAACAUUGCUGACUUAUUGUGAUUCUAGUAUGAAUAUAUUGGCAAAAGUCUUGUAAAUUCAGCAGUUGGUUGAAAGUCAAAUGGAAACCACCACCUUUACAAGUGGGAAAGAGGGAGAAAGCAGAGUGAAAUAUUCUGUGUUUAAUCCAAACCAUGGUUAUGUGUAUGAGACAUCCAGUAUCAGUAAAAUGUAUAAUACAGAGAGAUAAAGAUGAGACUGACAAUUUGAAAACCCAAUUUUCCUGGCUUGCUCACCUGUAGGUGCCACUAUUCCAUGGUAAAGAAGUCGCUGGAUGACAUGAACAAUGCUUGUUGCUGACUGCAAUGCUUGUUGCUGACUGCAAUGCUUGUUGCUGACUGCUUCCAACUUUUUUUGAAAGCCAUUUAAGUCUUCUGCUUACAAAUCUACACAUACCUUGUUAGGGGAGAGAGGAGCAGAAUUCAUGCACACAAUUGAGUCAAGUGCCAGACACUUGCACCUUGUUUGUGCUUUUGGUAUGGAAGUUUUCAGGGCGGUAUUGCUUAUAACAUGAACAAGUCAUUGAAGUGUCAUGAUUUAAAUAGCCCCCAAUUCUUCUCCUGAAUGUGGGAUGUUUGAUGUGCUUAUCCUGCAUAUGGGAUAUGCACAGACAAAGAGAACACUGCAAUGAUUCCCACUUCCUUGAUCAUGCUGAACUUUGGAAAUAAAAGGUGGACAGGAAAGCAUUUUUAUUGAACUGCUACAAUGUGGAAUCCUCUGUUCCUCAUAUGAAAAUCUGUUACAAAUCUUUUACUUUGUAUAACAACUUACAGAGAUAGUCUUCUAAAAAUGUCUGCUGCUGUGCUCCCCCCGCCCCCCCCCCCCCCGGCCAGGUGGCUUCUAACCUUUGCCAAGGAGUUCAUAGCCUCAAGUUGUCAACAUCUGAUUUUAAGAUCGGAGCCAACUUUGUUAAACCUAGUCCUUGAGUCGUGCUGCUGUAAAGUUUUCUAUCCGAGCCAUAAGCAACUGUGAAUCGUCUACCAUGCAUUUUGGAGCCAACUAAGGCAUCUGUGUGUAUAGCCUGGUCAGUGUAUCUGUGGGAAAAUGCAUAUUUAAAUAACCAAGACAAUUCUCUGAAUAUGUGUUGUGAUUAUCUUUCGAAAGAUCAGAAGCAUGCCACCCUGUGAAUGAGCUGCUAAUCCACUGCUCAAGGAAAAAAUAUACAGUGAUGUUUAUAAGACAGUACACGCAAGCAAGCUGGUUGUUUCUAAUACUAACAGGUUCUUUCCUCUUUAGUUGUGUCCUAAACACAGCUGUGAUUUUAUAUGAAAGUUGAGGGAGGGAAUUUGGGUAACUUCCUUUUCACACACUCUGAUUUUGAUGUAAUUCAUGUAAUGUCUGUGUUGUACUAAAUGGUGAAACAAUAAAUGCAACAAAAUUAAAAAAAACACAUUCAUCAUAUUCA